AUGGACAUAAGGGCGACUAAAAACGGGGAGGCUGUUGAAGGGAUAGAAGUACAAGGAACUGAAGUGGGAAUAGAAGUACAAGGAACUGAAGGAGGAACUGAAGAAAGGGAAGUUGAAGCUAAACGUCGCCUUGGCGCGACAAUAGAACGAUUAACACCCUGA